GUCCGUAAAGCAAGGGUCCUUUGCACAUCUUCCUUCCUCGAAAUUUCCACGACCCUCCAAACACCUCCAUAUUCCAUUCUUUCUACGUUUUCUCUUCCUUCUCUUCUUAUUUUCCAUCCAAACAGGCCCAAAUUCCAAAACUCUCGAUCGAAGCUUUUUCUCCCCUUUAGCUUUUAUGGCGACCAUUGGCAACAACAAUCUCAACGCCAAGCUCGUCCUGCUUGGGGAUAUGGGCGCUGGCAAGUCAAGUCUUGUCUUGCGGUUCGUCAAAGGCCAAUUCCUUGAAUUCCAGGAAUCGACGAUUGGGGCUGCAUUCUUUUCACAGACACUUGCAGUGAAUGAUGCAACGGUGAAGUUUGAGAUUUGGGAUACUGCAGGGCAGGAGAGGUAUCACAGCUUGGCCCCCAUGUAUUACAGAGGAGCUGCUGCGGCUAUCAUCGUCUACGAUAUAACUAGCACGGAUUCUUUUGCACGUGCUAAGAAGUGGGUGCAAGAACUUCAGAAACAAGGCAAUCCAAAUAUGGUGGUGGCUCUUGCUGGAAAUAAAGCCGAUUUGGAAGAUAAAAGGAUGGUGACAGUGGAGGAAGCACGUACAUUUGCUGAGGAGAAUGGUCUUUUCUUCAUGGAAACCUCUGCCAAAACUGCUAUCAACGUGAAUGACAUAUUCUAUGAAAUAGCAAAAAGGUUGCCUCGAGCUCAGCCUGCUCAGAAUCCCACAGGCAUGGUUCUUGUGGAUAGACCAGCGGAAGGAACGCGAGCUCCUGCAUGCUGUUCCUAGAUUAUAUAUAGUCAGAUGCGCUUGAAAGGUGUGAUGGGGAACAGAACUGUAGAAGGGGCAUGACGCUGUGAAGUCCUGGAGUGGCAUCGGCCAAUGGGCAAUAGAAAAAAAAAAAACAAAAAAACGAGGUGGGGCCCAUCCCUACCACCACUUCAAGAAGGGUCUCUCCCUCUAAUUUGGUCUGUUGAAAAUGUGUUGAAGAUGUUUCUAGUGAAUACUGUAAAUGAGUGUCUCAUGUUUUGAGUACCCACUUCCGGAAUACAAAUGAAAACUGUGGUGUGUAAUUCAGUGCUUUCCUUAAUAUAUGUUGUUUCUUUUCUA